AUGGCCAAAGGCAAGAAGGCCGUUGAGGCCCCCAAGGAGGGCAAGCAGAUCACCCUCAACCUCGAUACCUUCAUGCUCGCAAGGGAUUCGGUUGUUGCCAAUCUCAACGAUCUCCAAGACACCAUCAAGACUCUGGCCAGCGGUAUCCAGACGCUGUCCACCAACUACAUCAGACACACCAAUGUCGUUCUGGGCGACCAUUCUACCGAUGCAGAGAUCGACUCCAGCCUCUCCAAGCUGACUGACAUCUCCGCCCUGCUGGGCCGUCACCAGCGUGCGGAUAGCCCAGAGAAGCCCGUUGCAGCCGCCGACACCGCCGCCGACAAGAAGGAGCGCAAGAAGAGGCAGCAUGACCCCAAUGCGCCCAAGCGCCCCCUCACCCCGUUCUUCCUGUACAUGCAGACUGCCCGCCCGAUCAUAACUCAGGAUCUCGGCCCCGGCGUCGCAAAGGGAAUUGUGGCCGCGGAAGGAACCCGAAGAUGGAGCACGAUGGACGCCGAUGACAAGCAGCUCUGGUCCAAUGCCUACAAGGACAAUCUCCGUCUCUACAACGCCCGUGUGCACUCCUACCGCAAUGGAAACAUCGAGGCCAAGGAUAUGUCCGAGGACGAAGCGCUGACCUACGCUGAGAGGAACAACAUCGGUGCCGACACCAGCGCUGAUGCCCAGCUCGUCGGUGAGGCCAGCGCCACUGCCCUCCACGACGAUGACGCCGAGGGAGAGCCAGAAAAGUCCCCAACGCCCGCGCCCAAGACCCCCAAGGCAAAGGCCUCCCGCAAGAGCAAGGGCGCUAAAGACACGCCCGCCCAAGCUUCUGAGACCAUCGUGCCCGGAAGCGCAAGCAUCGUACCACCCAAGGCCGCAGCUCCUGAGAAAGAGAAGAGCCCCGAGAAGAAGCGGAAGCGCGGCGCUAAGAAAGACGCUGUGGAAGAGCCUGCUGCCGAAAAGGAGGAGACCAGCACACCCAAGAGCGCACCAAAGUCUCGAAAGAAGAAGGCCAAGACCGAUGCUUAA